CAUGACAGAAGAUUUGCAGCUAAAGCUAGCUAUUGCAUGUCUCAAUGCUGGAGCUGGCAUCUAUCUAGUCCUGUUGUUGCCGCAGAAAGGUAUUCCUUUGCAAAAGUUUACAUUGAAAACCUGAGUCUGUAAAUAUUUAUACCAACUAACAAAGUUCUUUGGAGUGUGUGAAUCACACGAAUUAAAUCAAAAAUGUCAGUUCCAGCAUGGAAGCAAGCAAUCCUUGAUAGGAAAAAGAAAGCUGAGGAAGAGCAAAGAAAAAAGGAAGAAGAAGAGGCUUCUUUUAUUGCCUCACUGCCACCAUGGAAGCGAGCGCUAGUCAAGAAACAGCGAUCGCCUGGAUCUACUUUGGAGAAAAAAGAGACUGGAAAACCAACCAGUACCAAUGCUUCUGAUCCUAGCAACAAAUGGAUGGCUGCUGUCCAACACGAAAAAGCCAAAGAAUCUCCUAAGUUACCGCACAGACAAACCUGGGCUAAGCAAUCACCUAGUCCUGUUUCCUCUACUAAAGAGACACCAUUGAGCUACAGUGGUCGUAGUAGCAAGCCAGCAACAAGACCAACGACAAACAGUUUUAGUGGUGCUCUGUCAGCUUUCAGCAGCAAUAAAACAACAUCACCAACAAGUACUGUAAAACCAACAAGCAAUUUCAGGCCUGCAGCAACUACAAAGGUAACUGCGGCUUCCUCUCCUGCAACUCGAAGAUCUGUUACUACUCCGAACUCCUCUGACACUUUGAGUACUAGUCCACCCUCCUUAAAAGAAGUGUCAUUGAGGCAUAACAAGAACACUCCUGCUACAGUCAUAUCUGACAAGAGAAGAUCUUUUGAAGGAGAUGAUGACGAAGAUGCCAAGCUAGCGGCAAUGCCAGCAUGGAAGAAAGCUAUUAUCUUGAGACGAAGAGCAGCUGCUUCACAGCCGAGCAAGGAGCCCAGGCCUCAACCCCUGAGAGAACGAUCAGCAACAGCUCCACAGAAUAGUCUGCGGUCAACAAGACAUACUGCAACUGUUUCCAAAAAGGAGCCUGAAAGUACCAAGAUAACAAUUACAAGAAACACGCCUGAGGUUGAUACAUAUGAACCACCUGUCGAAACAGAACUGAAUGUAACUGAAGGAACUGACGAAGUUGAUUUACCCCACGAACCCACUAUUGAGGCUCCAAAGAGAGAUGAACAUGUUGAACGUACACCAGUACAGCCGUCUGUUGUAAGAAAUGCAAAGCCUGCGAGAGCUAGCAAAGGUAACGAAGCUCCUCGAAAAUCAAAAGAAGCAAAGCCAAAAACGGCGUCACAACCAACGUCUGCGUCAAAGUCACCUUCUGCAAAACCAAUAGCCACAAAGAAAGCUCCAUCUCGGCCCAGCGCAAACAGCAAACGUCAACCAGAAGUAGUCAACCGGCCCAAACCUGAUAGCGAUGUUCCAACUAAGCUAGUCGAGCAAGAAGGAGUAGUACACAGGCCUCCUGCUUAUAAAGUGGUGGAUGAAUGGGCUAAUGUUAGCGAAAAUGAUCCACAAUUCAAGAAGUUGCCACUGUGGAAGCAAGCCUUGAUCAAGAGAAGACGAAGUGACUAUGCAAAAAGAAGCGCGGCACCUAAAGCACCUUCAUCAGCUAAGCAACAAAAUUCCUCAACCUCGAGCUAUGGGAGCAAAAAACAAACCGAUAAUGAUACCUCCUCGUGGAAAACUGAACCCAAGAAAACGAAUACAUCCCACGGUUCAAACAAGCAACUUGGAAGUAACAUACAGCCCAUUAGAAAAGCCCCAGCGCGGCCUGCACCAACCCCUACUCCACCUACCCCUCCUCCACCAGAGGAGGAAGAACCAAUGUUCUCGUUCUCAUUUAGCAAGAAAGGGAAACAUCGAACUCUUGAUGCAGGAAGCGAAUCUGAAGACAGUGACUCAGAUCUAGAAGACGUAACGCUCACAAACAUUGAUGAUUUAUCUGAUGAAGAUAGCGGGAUUGACAAAGGUGGUAUAGUCGUUAUGGGCUACAAAGUGACAAAUACCGAAUAUGCCAGUGAACCAGAGAGUAAGUCAGUGGUGACUCCAACUACACAAACUACUCGCGGAAUGAAAAAGAGUGAUUCAAAGUCAAUCUUGUCGGAUCCUGUUAAACGUGUAAAGAAUCUGAGACGCGUUUCGUUCAGCGACAGUGCUCUAACGGAAGAGCAUUUCUACCCCAAGUACAUUUACGAUGAUUAUGAUAUGGUCAACUCCGACAAUGACGGAACAGACAGUGGCUCAAAAAUGUCAACUGAAAAUUCAGGAAUAUCCCAACGAAUUCACCCUUCUUUGCUGCCCUCCAAUGAAAACGACAGAUACUCUCCCUCUAAAAUAUCACCAAUGAAAUCUGGUGCACUAGGACAAUAUACGCCGAGCAUGACGGGCAAUUACAAUGAUAUGAUGCAAAGCCAUUUGAGUGGGUUUGGGACGUAUGAAAAUCGAAAAACUUCUCCUGCCAAGAAGAAGCAAGUUCAAGAAGAGCCGAUGUAUAAUGGGGGGCCAGUCAGUGAUGACCGAGCAAAUGAUUUUUAUUCUGCGCUCAAUUCAGACACAGCAGCUUUACUUUGGUAAUCUAUAGCUUACGUUGAAACAGUUCAUUCUUUUUUAAUUUAUCUAGUGUCAUGCAAUAGUUAAAUUCUUAGGAUACUUUGUUUUUUUUGGUUUACACUAUUUAUUAAAGCACAUGAUAUUUGCUACAGUGUAUAGCACAUGACUAUUAUAUGAAUACAGACAAUGUC